CUGGUUCUUCCCAUCAUACACACCCCCCACCUUCUCCCAUUCCUAUUCCACUCUGUCUCUCUCUCACUAAACUUUUUUAAGCCCUUUCCUUCACUUUCUCUCACAAGGUUCAGCGAUAAGCACGAACGCUUAAUCCUUCUCUCUCUCUCUCUCUGUUUCUCUAACGAUUAUUUUCCAUCUCUUAUUUUGAUCAUCUUUCUUCGGCAUGGCUGAAGAGCCCCAGAAAUCGGUUGAGGAAGUGGCAGUAGCAGUGGCGGAGAAAUCCGUUGUUGAAGAGAAAGAGCCCGAGAAGCCGGUCAUCGAAGCAGAGCCUGAGAAGCCAAUCGCUGAGAGCGAGAAAAAAGAUGAAGAGAAGCCGGCGGGCCCCACUGAGGAAGCUGUCGAGGAGAAGAAGCCGAAGGCCCCAGUAGAAGAAAGAAAGAUUACCCAGUCUGUUUCUUUCAAGGAGGAGACCUAUGUAGUCGCCGACCUCCCUGAAGCUCAGAAGAAGGCCCUUGAUGAGCUGAAACAGCUUAUUCAAGAAGCAUUAAACAAGCACGAGUUCACUGCUCCGCCGCCGCCUCCUCCGCCGCCGGCCAAGGAGGAGGAAGAGAAGAAGGCCCCGGAGGAGGAGAAGAAGGAGGAAGAAAAACCGGCUGCAGUUGAAGAAAAAACUGAAGCAGAGCCUUCUAAGGAGGUUGCUGUUUUUGAAGAGCCGGCAAAGGUUGAGGCUGCAACAGUUUCUGAACAGAAAAAGGAAGAGGAGAAGCCUGCACCUGAAGCUCCGGUCGUCGCGGAGGCUGUUGAAACCGUCACUGAAGAGAAAAAGGAGGAGGAGAAGCCUACACCUGAAGUUGCUGUUGUCACGGAGGUGGUUGAGAAAGUUUCUACUGAAAUACAGGCUGAUUCUAAGACGGUAGAAACAAUCAAAGAGACCAUAGUGUCAGUCUCUGAGGAGGCAGCACCUGAAACUAAGGAUGGCGAGGCCGCUGCUCCGCCACCAGAAAAGGCGGCGCCAGAAGCGAAAGUCGGGGAGGAGGUCCCAGCGCCGCCUCCGCCUCCACCAGAGGAGGUUUCAAUCUGGGGAAUUCCCCUGCUUGCGGAUGAGAGGAGUGAUGUGAUACUCCUGAAAUUCUUGAGAGCAAGGGAUUUCAAAGUGAAGGACGCCUUCACGAUGAUCAAGAACACCGUUCGUUGGCGAAAGGAAUUCGGAAUCGACGCACUCGUCGAGGAAGAUCUUGGGAACGAUUGGGACAAGGUGGUGUUCACUCAUGGGUAUGACAAACAAGGCCAUUCUGUUUGCUACAACGUGUUUGGUGAGUUCGAGAACAAGGAAUUGUAUCAGAGCACGUUUUCCGAUGAGGAGAAGCGCCAGAAGUUCAUCAGAUGGAGGAUUCAGUUCUUGGAGAAGAGCGUUAGAAAAUUUGACUACGCUCCUACUGGAAUUUCUACAAUUGUCCAGGUCAAUGAUCUUAGGAAUUCGCCUGGAUUGGGCAAGAAAGAACUCAGGCAAGCCACUAAUCAGGCCCUUCAUUUGCUUCAGGAUAACUAUCCUGAGUUCUUAGCCAAGCAGGUGUUUAUCAAUGUCCCAUGGUGGUACCUGGCCUUUGCAAGGAUGAUCAGUCCAUUCCUGACUCAGAGGACCAAAAGCAAAUUUGUAUUUGCUGGUCCAUCGAAAUCUGCUGAAACCCUUUUCAAAUACAUAGCUCCUGAGCAUGUGCCUGUUCAGUAUGGUGGAUUGAGCAGGGAGGGUGACUAUGAAUUCACAACUGCUGACUCUGUUACUGAGUUUACUAUUAAACCAUCAACAAAACAUAUUAUUGAAUUCCCCGCUUCUGAGCCGACCCAUCUGUUUUGGGAACUGAGAGUUGUGGGUUGGGAUGUGAGCUAUGGUGCUGAAUUCGUGCCGAGUGCUGAAGAUAGAUACACUGUGAUCGUACAGAAGAGCCGGAAAAUUGGAGUUGCAGAUGAAACUAUAAUCUCUAAUGACUUUAAAAUCGGGGAAGCCGGUAAGGUCGUGCUCACCAUUGAUAAUCAGACAUCGAAGAAGAAGAAGUUGCUGUACAGGUCCAAGACCAAACCCCUCUCUGAGUGAGUAAAAAGCCUUCAUUGGAAGAAGGAGAACUUGUAAGGUCUGUGAAUUACUAUUGAUUAUUAUAGACUAUGUUAAAGGGAGGAAGAAGAAUAAGGGCUCUACUUGGUAUUUCAUAUUUCAUUUGUUAACAUGAAAAUGGGGUGGGUGGGGGGAAAGGGAUUUAUUCUUUUUCUUUUUAUACAGGGUCAUAUUUGUUCGUUUGGCUGAAAUUAAUUUGUUUUGUGUCAGUGGUUGGGAGAUUUUAUUCAGAGUAACUUCUUGUUUUUGCCCCUCAAAAAUUUCUAACUUUUCAAUUUGGUCCCCUACUAUGUAACCUUGGGAGACUAGGCUUUCAAUCCAGUCUCCCAGAAGAUAAUAAGAUGACUGGAAAAUAAUUUGAUAGAUUGAAACUCACAGGGGUUACAUUCUAGAGGAUUGAAUUGAAAAAUCAGUCGUUUUUCAAGGGUAAAGAUAACAAUUUACUCUUCUAUACCCAAUUGGGGUUUAUUUGUAUGUAUUUGUCUCUGUGGAGUGAGGAAGAAAGUCUAUAUUUGUAAUAUGAUAUACAACUCCAAUGCCUGCCUGUAAAGUUUGUAUGAUUGUGAUGAUGGAUUACUUAUUCACUUGGUAAAUAUUUAAGUUCAUUGAUUCUGGUUC